AUGCCCUCAACUGCUCUCUUCCUGCCUUCCUGCAUAAUACUCAUCUUCUUUGUCUUACUAUACCCCGUACUAACCACUUUCAACCCUAACCCCCUCUCCCCCGACUGAGCCCUGUCAAAAACUAAAACCGCCAUCAAACUAGCCUUCUUCAUUAGCCUUUUUCCCCUCUUCCUACUCUUCGACCAAGGAACGGAAGCCACCAUCACAACCUGAUCUUGGACAAACACACUAACCUUUGACAUCAACAUCAGCUUUAAGUUCGACACUUACUCUUGCAUCUUCACCCCCGUCGCCCUCUACGUAACCUGGUCCAUCCUAGAAUUCGCAUCCUGAUACAUACACUCCGACCCCAAAAUGAACCGAUUUUUCAAAUACCUUCUAAUCUUCCUAGUUGCAAUAAUCAUUCUCGUCACAGCCAACAACAUGUUUCAACUAUUUAUCGGAUGAGAAGGCGUCGGAAUUAUAUCCUUUCUCUUAAUUGGCUGAUGAUACGGACGAGUCGACGCCAACACAGCUGCCCUUCAGGCAGUCCUGUACAACCGCAUCGGAGACAUUGGCCUCAUUCUAAUAAUAGCCUGAACAGCAACCCACCUAAACUCCUGAGACCUACAGCAACUAUUUUCCCUCUCCAACAAUUACAACCUCACUCUCCCUCUCUUGGGGCUUAUCCUCGCCGCCACAGGAAAAUCCGCCCAAUUCGGCCUCCACCCCUGACUCCCCUCCGCCAUAGAGGGUCCCACACCGGUAUCUGCCCUACUACACUCAAGCACCAUGGUUGUGGCUGGGAUCUUUCUACUUAUCCGCCUAAGCCCCAUACUAGAAAACAAUAAAACAGCUUUAACCACCUGCUUAUGCCUGGGGGCCCUUACCAUCCUAUUUACUGCAAUCUGUGCCCUAGCCCAAAAUGAUAUCAAAAAAAUCGUAGCUUUCUCCACUUCAAGUCAACUAGGCCUAAUAAUGGUCACCAUCGGACUAAAUCAACCACAAUUGGCCUUCCUCCACAUCUGCACCCACGCCUUUUUUAAAGCAAUACUCUUCCUCUGCUCCGGCUCAAUUAUCCACAGCCUAAACGACGAACAAGACAUCCGUAAGAUGGGGGGUAUGCACCGCCUGGCCCCCCUCACUUCUUCCUGCCUUGCCAUCGGUAGCCUAGCUUUAACGGGCACCCCCUUCCUAGCCGGCUUUUUCUCUAAAGACGCCAUUAUUGAAGCACUAAACACAUCCUACUUAAACGCCUGGGCCCUUGUCCUAACACUUAUUGCCACCUCCUUCACAGCAGUCUACAGCCUUCGAAUCGUCUUCUUUGUCUCAAUAGGCCACCCCCGCUUUAAUCCACUUUCCCCCAUCAACGAAAACAACCCCGCCGUCAUUAACCCCAUUAAACGCCUAGCCUGGGGGAGCAUCAUAGCAGGUCUUUUAAUUACCUCAAACACCCUACCCCUUAACACCCCCACCAUAACCAUGCCCACCCCCCUGAAACUUGCAGCCUUAAUCGUAACCCUUCUCGGUUUCUUCACCGCACUAGAACUUUCCACCCUCUCAUCCAAACAAUUCAAGCAACUUAAACAAACCCCCGCCCUUCAUCAUUUCUCCAACAUACUGGGCUUUUUCCCACAUGUUAUACACCGCCUUAUCCCCCAAACCAACUUGGUCCUGGGACAAACCAUUGCGACCCAAACAAUAGACCAAACCUGACUAGAAAAAUCUGGGCCCAAAGCAGCUUACUCCCUCAGCCUUCCCCCCAUUACAACCACAAGCAACAUCCAACAGGGAAUAAUCAAGACUUACUUAUCUUUAUUCUUCUUUACCUCCCUACUUGCCCUUGCCCUCUUUUUAUUUUAA